GGAGUGGUCCAGCUUGCAAUUGCUCUGAGCGAAGAGAAGGAAGAUCAUAUAUUGGCCGCGACAGCCUGGGCACUAGGUCAGAUAGGUCGUCAUACACCGGAGCAUGCAAAAGCUGUAGCUGUUGCAAAUGUUUUACCAAGAUUACUUCAACUUUAUCUCAAGACUGGCAGUUCUGAAGACUUACAGGCAAAGGUUGGUACUGAGCUCGAUUUAUUUACCCGAUUUCUGACACUAGCAAGUUCCAAGUUACUUCUCGUAGUCCCAAGUAUUUCGUAGCACGAAGAUUCCAUCCACGCUCUCAAAAGUUGCACUAUCGGACAGAUCAGAUGAUCCGAUCAUCCGCCGUGCUUCUCUCGCCCACCAACAAACGUCUGAUACGAAGCUAGAUGAUUCGUUGUACCUGAUCACGGUUAAUAAUGAGAUUCAGAUUUGACUUUCACUACCACCACCUCUCACUUGCUUAAUACUCAUCUGAUUGGUUAAUCAGAUAUAUCCAGCAUGAACUCCACCUUUGAAUUUACUAUAUGAGUAAAUUCUUAAACACGUCCGAAUUUAUCAUUCGCGGCACAUUUUGAAUUUAUCAAUAGAGUUAAUCAUAAAACCACAAGCACUGCACAAGAUUUAUUGUUAUAAAUGCAAUGGAGUUUUCAGGUUUCUUAAAAAAAUAGUUUUUAAAAAAGUUUUAAAAAGUCUUAAAAGAGUUUUGAAAAGCAAGAAAAGUUUAAAAAGUUAGAUUUUUAAAAAAGUUAGAAAAAUUUAAAAAGUUAAAAAAGUUAGUGGUUAGGGUUGGGGCUGGGGUUAGUGUUACAGUAGGUGCCGCGAAUUUAUUAUUAUACAAAAAACUAUUUUUUAUGCAUAAGGUAAGGAAUAAUGAACUGCCAAUUAGUAUGAUGAAUAUGUUUGAUAUUAAAACAAACUCGCGGUAUAACCUCCGUAGCAACAAUCGAGAUUUCACCCUUGACAAACCAAGUACAAAUUUUUUGAAGAAAAGCAUAAGCUAUACAGCCUCUUCGGCCUGGAAUAAUUUGCCUCUUGAGGCUAAAGGUUCAGGAAUUACUAGUCAGAAAUUCAAGUCCAUUCUUGAUCAUUAUAGAUAUCACUGACAAAUGGUAUUCUAAUAUGGACAAUGGUUUAAUCAAUGCUAUACUUUUUAUUGACUUAAAAAAAGCUUUUGAUACCAUUGACCAUGAAAUUCUUCUAAAUAAAUUAUCUCGAUAUGGUUUUAAAUGCAAGACCAUUGAACUUUUUCGCGAUUAUUUAACGGGACGUACUCAAAUAACUGUUGUUAACAAUAUCCCAUCUGAUAGCUCUGAUAUUACAUGUGGGGUUCCUCAAGGAUCCAUUUUAGGACCUUUGUUAUUCUUGUUGUACAUUAAUGACUUACCAAAUUGUAACUUGAUAUCUGAUGGACAUCUAUAUGCUGAUGAUACUAGCUUGACAUAUGCGGAUAACGACAUUAAUCAACUACUUCC